AUGAUUUCUCAUGGUGUGUGCCCUAAUAUCGUAACUUUCGGCAUUUUGUUGGACGGUCUCUGCAGUCAUGGGAAAGUAGAAAAGGCAUUGGAAAUGUUCAAGGUUAUGCAGAAUAGUAAGAUGGAUCUUGAUACUGCUGUUUAUAACAUCAUCAUCCAUGGAAUGUGCAAGGGUAGUAAGGUGGACGAAGCAUGGGACUUAUUCACUAGUCUUCCCCUUCAUGGUGUGGAGCCUGAUGUUCAAACUCACAACAUAUUAAUGAGCGGAUUUGUCAAAGAAGGGAAGUUUUUAAGGGCUGAAGAGUUAUACGAGGAGAUGCUCCGAAAAGGUAUAGUCCCUAAUACUAUCACCUUUAACUCGAUGGUAGAGGGGCUCUGCAAGCAAAACCGCCUAGAUGAGGCGAAACAUAUGAUUGAUUCGAUGGCUAGCGAGGGCUGCUCUCCAAACGUGGUGACAUUUAAUACACUUAUUAAUGGCUACUGCAAGGCUAAAAAUAUUGACGAUCGGAUGGAGCUUUUCCGAGAGAUGCAUCUAAGAGGAAUAGCUGCUGAUAGAGUUACUUACAACAUUUUGAUUCAUGGGUUUUGUCAAGUUGGUGAUUAUAGUGGCGCCUUAGAGAAAUUCCAGGAGAUGAUUUCUAGUGGUGUGGCUCCUGAUACCAUUACUUUCCACAGCAUGCUAGCCGGUUUAUGUAGUAAGGAGGAACUACCAAACGCAGUGGCAAUGUUUGUGGAUCUGCAGAAGAGUGUUGUGGUUCGUCAAUUGGGAGGAUGA